AUCCAAAACUUUUGGCAAUUUACGACCAACGACCAACCCGACACCCAAUCUCUCAAUCAAGGUCAGUCAACACGUGCGAUAUUGUCGAUGACUGCUAAUGUCUUUAGAUGGGAGCUCUUAAAUACGUGGAGGAACUCCAGAAGAAGAAGCAGUCCGAUGUGCUGCGCUUCCUUCUCCGUGUUCGAUGCUGGGAGGUAAGAUAAAAAUCGAUCUUUCUCUGCCGCGGUAGCGAUGCACCGAAACAAUACUUCGAACUGGUCUCGAGACGAAUUGGAAUAUUGUGGACGUGGACGUGGACAUCCCUUGAUGUCUCUGCUAUACACUCGUUGAACAUUAGCUGAGAGUGCAAAAUAUAGCUUCGACAAUUGAACGUUAUCCACCGUGCUUCCCGCCCAUCUCGCCCAGACAAGGCUCGCCGUCUAGGUUACAAGGCCAAGCAAGGAUAUGUUAUCUACCGUGUCCGUGUCCGCCGUGGAGGCCGCAAGAAGCCAGUGCCAAAGGGUGCUACAUACGGUAAGGAAUCCCCAAAUGGAAGAAGCGGGCUUCACUGCUCGCGGAAGACCCAUUCGACAGAUUGCUGAUACCAAUUCAAUUAUAGGAAAGCCAACCAACCAGGGUGUAAACCAACUCAAAUACCAACGAUCCCUCAAGUCGACUGCUGAGGAGCGUGUUGGACGUCGUUGCGCCAAUUUGCGAGUUCUCAACUCGUACUGGAUCAACCAAGACUCUACCUACAAAUACUACGAGGUUAUCUUGGUCGACCCACAACACAAGGCCAUCCGUCGCGAUCCUCGUAUCAACUGGAUCGUCGCUCCUGUCCACAAGCACCGCGAAUCUCGUGGAUUGACCGCUACCGGAAAGAAGUCUCGUGGAUUGGGCAAGGGUCACGGAUUCAACAAGACCACUGCUGGACGCAGAAAGACCUGGAAGAGACACAACACUCUCAACCUCCAAAGAUAUCGUUAAAUGUCUUAGGAGGCGGCGUUUUCGAGGGGUUGUACUGCUACGCUUUGCGGGGUUGGGAUGUUUACGGCUUUGGCAAAUUCGUCAAGGUUUUGCGAAAAUAUGCAACUACAUUUGCACAUGUGGUAUGCCAAUGAAUGAAUGCACCAAAAUAAUCUUCCACCACGUUACUUUGUGAUUCUGUGAUAUGUAUUUCUUUUCGUUGCAGG